UGACCUGGGCAACCCCUGGGGACAUCUGGCCGAUGAAUGCUCGAGGUGCAGGAGGAGAUUGCCAGAAUUACGCAGCAGAUCUAUGCAGAGAGAACAGAGCUACUGUCACAGAUGGACAAGCUGACGGCAGAACUGACCAGUUCUGAUACAACCAGCGGAAGGGAGUACUCUGAGGCCCCUGACUUCAGUACUGAGUCCAGAAAGCUGCUCACAUUGCGCCUCAUUAAAACAACGCAGGAGGUCACGGAAGGGUCAUUCAGAGUGGAAAGGAGAAGUAAACCUGCUGCAAACAACAGGAAGCUCGAGGUCAGCCCGGCAAACAGAACAGAACUUCUAUGCAGAGCAGGGAACAGAUUGUGACCCUCAAAUGCAGAACAAGAAAUUGGAAGUAGCAUUGAGAGCUGAGGGAUCCUUGAGAGGAGACAGGCAGCAUCCACGAGAGUUCGUACGGGUGAUGGACCAGACUGCGCAAGGAUUCACUACCCUUCCUGUGGUGGUAAUCGGGAAUGGGCCCUCGGCAAUUUGCCUGUCCUACUUCCUGUCAGGAUACAGACCUUACUUCAAGGAAUCUUCAGUCCAUCCCAACCCGAUCCUUCAACGGAAAUUGGAGGCAAAUCUGGGAAGAUCCAUCGUGGACCAGGACCUGCAGUUCCUGUCGGAGGGAUUGGAGGGCCGUUCCCACAGCCCGGUUGCCAUCCUGUUCGAUUCCCUCCUGCGACCUGACACCGAUUUGGGCGUAUCGGUGGACUCGGUGCUCAGCUGGAGACUUGAACCCGACCAGUACAUUCCUCACCUGGUCCUGGGCAAGGGACCUCCAGGUGGGGCUUGGCAUUCCAUAGAGGGAUCCAUGUUCACCCUCAGUCUUGGAGACUGGAUGGAGUUGCCCGACCUCCCCUUCAGAGACUGGAUGAGGGACAAGAGACGGUACCUACGGAACGACAGGGCCGUGACCGCGGAUAUCGCUCAGUAUUACCAGCACUACGUCCAAGCCAAGGGGCUGCAGGAGAACUUUGCGUGUGGGACUGUCGUUACCUCGGUGAGGCGGCUCCGACCGCUCGCCGGCGGGGAAGAGCGGACGUGCGCCGACUGGGAGGCCCCAACUCCGCCCUCCGAGCGCCCCACUCACGCCAGCCUCUUCGAGGUGAACGGCUGCACUAUCGCGAGGGACAGUUCAGAAAAGGCCUUCUCCAUUUACGCGGAGAACGUCGUCCUGGCGACGGGCACUUACGACAGCCCUGCUUGGCUUGGCGUCGACGGCGAGGACCUUCCCUUUGUCCAUCACACCACUUCGGAGGUGGAAACGGCCAUCGAGGAGCAUCAAAGGGGAACGAACUUUGACCCCAUUUUGAUCGUAGGGGCAGGCUUGACCGCUGCUGAUGCCGUCAUCGCUGCUCACCAUGGCAACGUCCCAGUGAUCCACAUGUUCCGCAGGGAGGUGAACGACCCGGGUCUCAUCUUCAACCAGCUUCCCAAAGUGAUGUAUGCAGAGUAUCACAAGGUUCACCAAAUGAUGGUCCAACAGGCUUGUAACAGUACAGGGCCUUACGAUGGCUACCUCAGCCUUCCCAGGCACCGAGUGGUGGGCUUCACCCCCGACAGGAAGUGCGUCCUUCAGGACCUGGCGUCGGGAGAGAGCAGGACGGUCAACGUCUCCGUGGCCCUUAUCCUGAUUGGCUCAGACCCCAACUUGACAUUUCUGCCCGACAGAGGAAGGUCACUGGCGGUCAACACGGAGCUCCCGGUCAACGCCAAGCGCAACCCCAUAGACGUGGACAGCUACACGUAUGAGUGCACGCAGGAGAGGGGGAUGUACGCCCUGGGCCCUCUGGUGGCUGACAACUUUGUCCGCUUCCUGCAGGGAGGUGCCCUGGCCAUCACCAGUGCUCUGAGCAAGGCCAGAGCCGACGGUAGCAUCCAAUCCGAAGGCAGCCUCUGACCAGCCAAUCGCUGUAACCGUCAACUCUGAAACGGUGCUUGAGGGCAGGUGUAGGGUCACCGUCGGGAGGUACGACCUGCCCUGAUGCCAGUCUUUAGUUAGCACUGAGAGACAUGGGCUACAGAGGGCAGCUCACCUGCAGACGCUGUACCUUGCAGGAAGAUGGUCUGAUAUUUGUGAUGCCUGGCAGGAGAAGUGGGUGACACCAGCACGUCAGCAAGAUGCGGUGUGUAGGCAGCACGUCCCGGUUGGAAGCCCACCACCUAAGGGGGACCACUCACCAUUCACGCUCACCAGCACACACGGCGAGAUAGCCCUCUUCCAUCAAUUCUGUGUGUGUCUGGGCACUCGACAGAAGUCCUGUGAGUCCUGAACAGCCACCCUGCCUGGAGAAGGUCGGAGAACCUGAGAAAGUCAGACAGACACACCGGAAAACUCAGACCAGCCCUGGUCUCGUUCUCGGGAAAACACAGAGGGAUUCUGUGGGCCGUGCAGAUUCCUUGGGAGCCGCCAGUUGACGGCCAGCUCCUUGAACGGGCAGCCUGACAGUUCCAGAGAGGUGACGCAGUGCGCUGUGGCCGUGCUGGUCCACAGUGCGGAUCCACAGCACGGAAACACGGCGCCAUCCCACAGCACGGACCCACAGCGCCAUCCCACAGCACGGACCCACAGCACGGAUCCACAGAGAGGACCCACAGCUCCGGCCCACAGCGUGGACCCACAGCGCGGACCCACAGCUCUGGCCCACAGCGCCGGCCACAGCACGGAUCCACGGCGCCGGCCCACAGCGCGGACUCACAGCAUGGAUCCACAGCGCGGACCCAUGGCGUCGGCCCACAGCGUGGAUCCACAGUGCUGGCCCGCAGCACAAGCCGAGCAGUGUAAGCUGACUACGAGAGCUAGCAGUGCUGGUCUCAGAGUCACAGAGUUACACAGUGCAGAACGGGUGGUUCACCCACCAUAUCCAUGCCGACCCAACCACGCUAAUCCCAUUUACCAGCACUGGGUCCGUAAGCUCCCUUCUCUCAACAAUGCAAGUGUCUCCAUUACUUAUUAAAUAUUGUAAGCAUUACCACCACCCCCUCAGGAAGUGUGUUUUCAAUUCCAACCAUCCUCUGGUGAAAAGAUCCCCUCGAGACCUCUUGCCCCUUAGUUUCAUACACUUCUGCCAUGGGGAAGGGUCUCUCCUCUCUACUCUAUCCAGGCCUCUCAGAAAAGCCUGCCAGGAUCAAUAAUUCAGCCUGACAGUUAAGAACAACACACAAGAUGCUGGAGGAACUCAGUGGGUCGGGCAGCAUCUGUGGAGAGAAAAAUGGGCAGUCGAUGUCUCAGGUUGAGGCCCUUCAUCUGGACCCAGUUAAGAGCUGCUGGUUCUAUAUGCCGACAGGGGUUGAUUCACGGUAGUGUUAAAGCAAUGGUUGUCCCCACUGAAGUAUUAGACCGCACCACCCCUCCCAUUGUGGAGCAAGGUUUAUCAGGACCAAGGGCCGGGAGCAGGUCCAGGCCAACUCCGGCUGAGAGUCGCCCCCCACCAGGGGCCACAGGGAGUUUGGGUUUCCUGCACCCAUCUACCCUCUCUCCAACCCUCUCACACGGUGAGCUAGCUGCUCACCCCUCAGCUCCUGAGGGAAUGUGGCGAGAAAGUCUCCCGAAGUACCACCCUGGAAUAACGUGAACAACAUGUUUUUCCCCCUCAGAGACAUCAGAUUCUCAGCACCUUGUCAACAAGGCCAUUCCUUUGGGAGCUGUGCUGGCUUGUCAUCAGCAGCUGGCUCCUGUCAGUGAAAACAUUUUCUUGUCUGUGGAUCAAACACAUUCCCAAAUCCUGCCCUGCGGCCAUCUCCGCCUCUCCAACAGUUUUCCAAUGUGUUCCUUCAACGUGCCUUCCAGUGGUUCCUUCCAACACUUAGCACAAGUUACCUCACUGAUAUAUUCUUCCAUUCCCCAGUUCGAACUGCACUUAGACUGCCUCGCUUAUUGUGGCCAGCAGACUCAGCUGAUUCCCCCUUGCUCAUUCCCGACGUGGCCAUCAUAAUCCAAUGAUUAAACCCACCAGCAACACCGCUGAUGCUCGCUGCAUCGUAUGGCCCUUGAUUCAAGUCCCUAUUCAGGGGCCACUGUAAGAUUUGAUCCCAUAUGUGGCUCUAAAGAGCUCCUGCGGUAACCAAUUCAACCCAGUUGGCUUCCUUCGUCAGCACAAUAUUAAUAAACACCGGUAUUAAGGUGAAUAAUGAAGCAGUUAUUCCAGGGAUCAUGUACAGCGGUAUAUCUUUAGUGGGAAUCGGGGUUUCCGGAGGUAUCCCGGACUUUCUACUCCUUCCCAGUAGGCUGCAUGGAGCAUCAAUUCCUCCUGCAGCUGUCAGAUUACCCGGCAACAGAAGCAACAGUUUGUCAUGAAUAUAUAGAGUCAUAGAGCCAUACAGCAUGGAGACAGGCCCUUCGGCCCAACCAGUCCAUGCUGACCAAGAUGCCCAUCUAAGCCGGUCCCAUUUGCCCGCAUUUGACCCAUGUCCCUCUAAACCUUGCCUGUCUGUGUACCUGCCCAUGUACCUUUUAAAUGUUGGCGAUGUACCUGCAUCAACCACUUCCUCUGGCAGCCCUUUCCAUAUACUGACUACCCUCUGGUUGAAAAAGUUGCCCCUCAGGUUCCUGUUAAGUCUCUCCACCACCCCCCCUCACCUUAAACCUGUGCCCUCUAGUUCUUGAUUCGCCUACCCUGGGAUAAAGACUGUGGGCAUUCACCCUGUCGAUGCCCCUCAUGAUUUUAUUCAUCCCGGAAUAGCUCAACAAUGUGAACUUGUUUCCUCUUAGAGAACCAUCCGAUUAAUACUGCCUGCAUUUAUCAACAAUCCCCUUCCCCCUGUACACAAGAGCCAUGGUUCCUAGAGCUGUCCUGUCCUUGUAAGUAUUUCCUUCUGGGCUGCUUUGGAGGAGCCGAUAUUUCUUGAACUGUCUCAUUUUACACACUCUCUCUGUGCUGCCAGCUCCAGCCCAGUUUAUCAGUUACUCUUUCUUCCCAGCACACCUCUCGACUAUGUCCUUUCUCCUGGUUGGAUGUGGUUCACUCCCGCUGAAUUCCCACAGCCCAGGAUGUAGGCCUGAAACAUAGAAUAUAGAACAGUAGAGCACAGUACAGGCCCUUCGGCCCACGAUGUUGUGCUGACCUAUAUAAACCUACUCCAUGAUCAAUCUAACCCUUCCGUCCUGCACAGUCCUUACAUCCAUGCGCCUAUCCUAGAGUCUUUUAAAUUUCCCAAUUGUAUCAGCCUCUACCGCCACCCCCAGCAGUGUGUUCCAGGCACCCACUGCUCUCUGUGUAAAAAACCUACCUCUGGCAUCUUCUCUAAACUUUCCCCCCCCGUUAUUAAACAGAUGUCCUCUGUUAUUGGCCAUUGCCACCCUGGGGAAAAGGUGCUGGCUGUCCACUCGAUCUGUGCCCCUCAUAAUCUUAUACACCUCUAUUAAAUCGCGUCUCAUCCUGCAUCGCUCCAAAGAGAAAAGCCCUCGCUCUCUCAACCUAUCCUCAUAAGACAUGUUCUCUAAUCCAGGCAGUGUCCUGGUAAGUCUCCUCUGCACCUUCUCGAAAGCUUCCACAUCCUUCCUAUAAUGAGGUGACCAGAACUGAACACAACACUCCAAGUGUGGUCCAACCAGAGUUUUGCAGAGCUGCAACAUCACCUCGUGGCCCUCGAACACAUUCCCCCGACUAAUGAAGGCCAACGCUCCAUCCACCUUCCUAACCACCAUAUCAACUUGCGCGGCAACUUUUGGGGAUCCAUGGAUGUGGACCCCCAGAUCCCUCUGUUCCUCCACACUGCUCAGAAUCCUGCCAUUAACCUUGUACUCCACCUUCAAGUUCGAUCUUCCAAAGUGUAUCACUUCUCGCAGUCAUCCUGCCAACUCCAGACUGAUUCACUACGGAGUCCAGACAGAUACCCUGUGAGUCCUCCUGCAAUCGCCCCGAGUUGGCUGAGAUCUCCAUGAUCACUGAGGUUAGGGCACAUUGGGGGCAGUGUUAAGCGAGUGCAAGAGAACUGGCUGCCAAACGUAUUCCCCUCCAACCAAAUCCUUUCCAUGCUCUUCCGUUGGUUAACAGAAGCAGACUACUCUCAACUCUUUUCUGGUCCCCGAAUAUCAUCAUCUCCCCUUUUUGUUGACGGCCACCAACCCCCACAGCCACAGCCCCCCCCUCCAAACUCUAUCACCCCCACCAGCUUGUCAAUGUAAGGGAGUGGUAGGUGCAACAGCAAACAGCCCUUUCACUCUCCUUCAUUUGUGUGGUCUAAUACUUCAGUGCGGACAACCAUCGCUUUAGCACGACCGUGAACCAACCCCUGUCAACAUAGAUCCAGGAGGUACCAUUUAUUAGCCACCCUUCGAAAGAAAGCUAGUGCGGACGGUGGACUGAUUACUCCUUCCUUACUGGGCUGGGGCAGGGCUUUGGAGCAACUAACCUCAGGGUGUAAUGCAACCUCUCGACUUGUGAACACGGUUUAUUUUCUACUAUAUCUAAACUUUGUAAAGACUAACGUUGUUCUAAUAAACUGAUCUUUUAUACUGAAA